AUGGUCAAAUCAUACCUCAAGUACGAGCACGCCAAAUCAUUUGGCACAAUCCUGUCCGGCUCCUCGAACCUCGUCUGGACAUCCAAAGACCGAACGGGCACUGGCGCAGGCCAGGCCAUCACGGCCGCAAACGAAGAAGUCUUGUGCUGGGACAUUAAAAAGGGUGAAUUGACCGGUCGAUGGAGAGAUGAAAGAUGCUCCUACCCCGUCACUGCCAUUGCGCAGAGCGGCGUGGACAAGGACAUGUUUGCCGUGGGCUACGAAGACGGAAGCAUUCGUAUCUGGGACAGCAAAAUUGCCACUGUUCUAGUCAACUUCAAUGGACAUAAAUCCGCCAUUACGCAUCUCGUCUUUGAUAAAUCCGGAGUGCGACUUGCCAGCGGCUCCAAAGACACCGACAUCAUUGUCUGGGACCUUGUCGCCGAGGUGGGACAGUUCAAGCUGCGCGGACACAAGGACCAGAUCACAGGACUCCGAUUCUUGGAACCCGAAUCCCAAGUGAGCGACGAGGAUGGAAACAAAGCCAUGAUACUCAACGGCGAAGAUGCGCCUGACGGGUUUCUUUUGUCGACUGGCAAAGACUCUCUUCUCAAGCUCUGGGAUCUGUCGUCAAGGCACUGCAUAGAAACACACAUUUCUCAAACGAAUGGUGAGUGCUGGGCCCUUGGCGUGUCUCCAGACCUGAGCGGCUGCAUCACGGCAGGCAACGAUGGAGAGAUGAAAGUGUGGUCAUUGGAUGUUGAGGGACUGGCCUCGACUGCCCAACGGGUGGAGGUGAAUGCAUCCGCGCAGUUUCUGCAAGACCGGGGAACUCUGUUUCGACAAAACAAAGAUCGAGCAACUGAGGUUAUUUUCCACCCCCAGCGUGACUAUUUCGCCGUUCAUGGUUCGGACAAGAGCGUCGACAUAUGGCGCAUCAGAUCAGAAUCUGAAGUCAAAAAGGGCCUUGCCCGAAAAAGACGGCGAAGACGAGAGAAGCAAAAGGAUGCCAAGAACGACGAUGCCGACAUGGAGAAUGGAGAUGAUGCGCAGGAAGACGUAUCAAAAGCAGACAUUAGCGAUGUGUUUGUUCAAUUCGUCAUCUUAAGAACAGGCGGCAAGGUCCGUUCGAUGGACUGGGCUCUACCGGCUGGCCAAAAGCAAAUCCAUCUAGUGGUGGGAACUACCAACAACCAGCUGGAGUACUACAAUGUACAGCCCAAGGAGAAGAGCGAAAAGAAAUCAAAGGACGAUAUCCCAGACUACACCAAGGCAUUCUCAGUCGAGAUUCCCGGACACAGAGCUGAUAUACGAGCCCUGUCACUAAGCUCAGACGACAAGAUGCUGGCAUCGGCCUCCAACGGCUUGUUGAAGAUUUGGAACAUCAAGACCCAGACGUGUAUCCGAACGUUUGAGUGUGGAUAUGCUCUUUGCUGUGCUUUCCUUCCUGGAGACAAGGUCGUCGUCGUGGGCACAAAGAACGGCGAACUGCAGCUAUUUGAUGUUGCGUCGGCCUCUCUCCUAGACAGCGUCGAGGCACAUGAGGGAGCCAUCUGGGCGUUGCAAGUUCACCCUGAUGGCCGAUCCGUCGUCUCUGGAAGCGCAGACAAGAGCGCCAAAUUCUGGGACUUUAAGAUUGUGCAGGAGCAGGUUUUGGGAACAAAACGAACGACCCCCAAGCUCAAGCUUGUGCAGUCCAGGACACUCAAGGUUUCCGAUGAUAUUCUCAGCCUCCGAUUUUCACCCGAUGCCAGAUUACUGGCAGUAUCACUUCUCGACAGCACGGUCAAGGUCUUCUUCGUGGACUCGCUCAAACUAUACCUCAACCUUUACGGACACAAGUUACCUGUACUGAGCAUGGAUAUCUCGUAUGAUAGCAAGCUCAUUGUCACGAGUUCCGCAGACAAAAACAUUAGAAUUUGGGGUCUCGACUUUGGAGAUUGCCACAAGGCCUUGUUUGGACACCAAGACAGUAUUCUGCAAGUGGCCUUUGUCCCUCACAACUCCGAUGGCAACGGACAUCACUUCUUCAGCAGCGGCAAAGAUCGAACCAUUCGAUAUUGGGAUGGGGACAAGUUUGAGCAAAUUCAGAGGCUAGAUGGUCACCACGGCGAGAUUUGGUCCAUAGCCAUGAGCCACAGCGGAAACUUCCUCAUCACCGCCAGUCACGACAAGAGCAUUCGCGUAUGGGACGAGACCGACGAGCAGAUUUUCUUGGAGGAAGAACGGGAAAAGGAACUGGAAGAGUUGUACGAGAGUACUUUGACGGCUUCUUUGGAGAAGGACCCCGAAGGAGGCGACGAGAAUGGCGAGGUUGCCGCCGCGGGAAAGCAGACCACGGAGACGUUGAUGGCUGGUGAGAGAAUAGCAGAGGCCUUGGAGAUGGGCAUGGCGGAUUUGAACCUGUUAAAGGAAUACGAGGAGGCCAAGCUCACGAAUCCCCACGCCAUGCCUCCGCAGCGCAACCCGGUUUUCCUUGCCCUGGGCAACAUCACCGCCGAGGCCUACGUCAUGUCUGUGCUCCAGCGCAUCAAGGCUUCCGCUCUACACGACGCUCUGCUGGUGCUUCCGUUUGCCUCGGUCCCCAUCUUGUUUACGUUCAUCAACAUCUUCGCCAUGCGGUCGAUGAACAUUCCUCUUACAUGCCGAAUUCUGUUCUUCAUGCUAAAGACGCAUCACAAGCAGAUUGUGGCCAGCCGGACGAUGAAGGUCAUGAUGGAUGGCAUCCGGACCAACCUGCGAGCGGCCCUGAAGAAGCAGAAGGAUGAGAUGGGAGUCAACAUUGCUGCGCUCAAGGUGGUGGGCAUGCAGAUCCGGGAUAAGAGUGUCAAGGAGUACGUUGAUGAGACGUGGGAGGAGGAGAACAAGGAGCGCAGCGCCAAGAAGCGAGCGUUUGUACAUGUGGCUUAG